AAUUUACUAGUGAUGGCUGGCUCAUCAAUCAAGACAAGCAGUAUUAUUUCAGCACCAACAAAUUUCCAAUGGAAGAGGCCCGUGCAUUUUGCAAAACAAACUUUGGAGAUUUGCUUGUCAUUGAAGAUAACACUGAAAGGAAGUUUAUCUGGAAAUAUAUCUUACAAAAUGAACAGGUGAAUAGUUAUUUCAUUGCACUGCAACUGAGCCUUGAUAAAGUAUCCAGCUGGAUGGAUGGAACUCCUGUCCAAUAUGUUGCCUGGGCACCACAUGAACCUAACUUUGCAAACAAUGAUGAAAACUGUGUGGUCAUUUACAGAACUACAGGACUUUGGAAUGAUAUAAACUGUGGAUAUCCAUCUUCUUUCAUAUGUGAAAGACAUAAUAACUCAAUCAAUGCAACUAUUGCUCCUACACCACCUUCCAUUAAAGGAGGAUGCCCUGAAUCUUGGCUUUUGUUUGAAAACAAGUGUUAUAAAUUCUUUGGAUUUAAUCAAGAAGACCAGAAAAAUUGGAAAAAUGCACGGAAAGAUUGUCAGAAAGAAGAAUUUGGAGGAAACCUUGUUGCAAUACUCAAUAAAAGGGUACAAGCUUUUCUCACCUUCCAUUUAAAUAAAUUCCAAAGUGAUGUAUGGAUAGGACUAAAUGACAUCAAUGAGGAUCAAAUGUACCUCUGGACAAAUGGAAGAGGAGUCAGUUACACAAACUGGGAGAAAGGAUUCCCACUGAGUUAUGGGCCAAACAGUGAAGAUUGUAUUGCAAUGACAUCAUUGCCUUACAAAAGUGCAGGCUUAUGGAGAAAUAGUUAUUGCUACUAUAACAAAGGGUACAUAUGCCAAGCCAACGUUCAUCCCAAAUAUUCUUUUCUUCCAUCCACCACCCCAGAGCAGCGGUUCCGUUAUAGAAAUAGCAGCUACUUCAUAAUUGAAGCCAAAAUGACAUGGGAAGAUGCAAAACAAAGUUGUGAAAGGAGAGACUCGAGUCUUGCUAGCAUUUUAGAUCCCUUUAGCCUCUCAUAUCUCUGGCUAAAACUAAAACAAAAAAGGAUUGUAUGGCUUGGCCUCAACAGUAAUCUGACUGGCGGGCAAUAUAUAUGGAUUGAUAAAUUCCGGAUGAAAUAUACUAAAUGGGCAGCAAAUGAACCAAAACAAAAAUUAGGCUGCGUUUAUAUGGACUUGGAUGGGACCUGGAAGACAGAUUCGUGCAAUAUAAAGAAUUUUCCUCUUUGCAAAUAUCCCAAAGUGUUUCCACCUACUGUACCACCUCAAGAACCAGGAAACUGCCCACUUGCAGUGGAGAAAUCUUGGGUUCCAUUCCGUGGUCAUUGCUAUCACUUUGAAGCCUCAUCAAAGAUGAGUUGGCCAAAGGCAUCAUUAGCUUGUUUGCAAUUAGAUGCCUCUCUGGUUUCAGUAAUGGAUACAGCAGAAGCAAACUUUCUAACAGAAAUUACAGAAAAUCUUGAAAGCAAAUCCCAAGCAUUUUGGAUAGGAAUGUUCAAAAAUCUAAAUGGUGAUUGGUUAUGGAUUGACAAUGCUGUUGUGAACUUUGUCAACUGGAACACUGGAGAACCUUCAAGUCAGAAUGAUGAAGAUUGUGUAGAAAUGUUUGCUUCAAAUGGGAUUUGGAAUAAUGUUUAUUGUAAUUCAUAUCUUGGAUAUAUUUGCAAAAAACCAAAAAUUGUUGAAACAGUACCUACUGAGAAGAUAUCAGAAAACAAAGAAUCAAGAAAGACAGAUGUCAUUCCUUCACCAACCCACAACAAAGCCAUCAUUGUCGUUGUGCUAGUGAUUCUCAUUGUUUCCGGAGCUGCUCUCACAGGUUUCUAUUUCUACAAGAAAAGGAAUCAACAUGGCUCGAUAGAGGAGAAUUUUGAGAAUUCUUUUUAUUUUACUGGUGGAGAUGCUCCAACAACUAGCGAUGGAAUAGAUCUGGUCAUGAACAUGGAGAAGAAUGAACAGGCAACCAAUUAGUCUGGCAACAAUCUAAACUGUGUCUUGUUUAAUAAACACUGACUUCUGAAAGCACACUACCACAUUCUAAUGCCAAAUUGAUAAAAUAAUUAUAAGUCUAUCUGUUUCAGCAUCUUUACUACAUAUUAAAAGCAAUAAUCAUUUCAUUGCAGACACCAUGUAAUGCAGCUGCUUUGCAUUCAAAGUAAACAAUAAUACAUAUAGCUAAGUUGUUGGAUAACAAGAGGCAACUUACAACAUUUAAGUGAAAAUCUAUUCUCAAAUUCAUACUGCAGUUUGAGGGAAACAUGGCAACUGCUAAAUUUGAUAGUAUUUCUGGGACCAGAAAAAAAAAACAGGGAAAGGAAAGAACAAUAGAACUACAUUACUGAGUCAGUAAGCUAUAUUCUAAUGCUGAAUUCCUGAAACAAAAAUAAUGGAAUAAUUUACAUUAACUUGAAGGGCAAUAAUAAAUUAAAGAUUUGAAAAGGUGUCUUGUCUGGGGAAGUAUUAUAGUUGCUUCCCUUUGUCUGCAUCACUAAACUUGCCCCUGUCUAAAUUAUGAGGAUAACAUCAUUUGAUUGCUGGAUAGCAAGAUGGGCAGCAUAUAAAUUUAAUAAACAUAAUAAAUUUAAUAACAUAAUAAAAUUUGAUAUAUUCCCCAUUGGUAAGGCAGAUCUAAGAUUCUACUGGGAUAUUUAAUUGCUUUAUUGAAUGUGUUGUACUUCUUAAAUAAGUAGCAAAUUUGCAAAUGCAAACGUAUCUAACAUAUAUUUCUGUAACAUCAUCAUAUGCUCAAAUAGUUAUUCAACAAGAAGCCUGCAAAUUGCAUAUCAAAGUAUUGGCAUUAUAUUAGUAUUACAGGAACAAUUUCAGAUUAAAUUUAUAUAGUAAAAUGGUAGAGUUGGAAAGGAUCCCAAGGAUCAUCUGAGGUUCCCAAGGAUCAUCUAAUCUAACCCUUUGUCCUAUGCAGGAAAAUCAAUUAGACCACUCUGAAGAAAUUAAAAUAUUGUCUUAAAAACCUACAGAGAUUAAGAACCCAGAACUUUGGUAAAUGGAAUGUUUAACUUUCCAUCUGACCAUCACAAAGUUUUUAUUUUCAUGCACAUUAUUUCUGGUUCUAGUUUUGGGACAGUGCAAAAUAGUUUGUGAUUAUCUUCUCUGUAUGCUGGUCAGUUAUUGCAAUAAAUGUAAAAUAUUUGAACA